AUGACACAGGGAAGAGGCCCCGCCGCUGGUGGCGGCGGAGGUGGCGGAGGUGGCGGCGGCCAGACGUACAAGACGGGCUCUACGUACCUGGUGAAGUCCUUGCACCCGGUGAGCUCCGGUGGAGGAGGAGGCGGAGGCAAAGGCGGUGGAGGAGGUGGUUACGGUGGAGGAGGCGGCCACGGUGGAGGAGGCGGCCACGGUGGAGGAGGCGGUGGAGGACACGGUGGAGGUGGCGGUGGUUGGCAGGGAGGCGGUGGCGGCGGUUGGCAGGGAGGCGGAGGCGGCGGCGGUUGGGACCGCUAA